CCUCCCGCCACUCGCCGGUGUCGCUUCGAGGCGCAGCCAGUUUCUAUAGCGACAGCGCUGAUCCGCGGCUCUUCCGAGUAGUAACAAAGCCGGCUGCCCGCCGCCGCGCCGGGGCUGAGGAGGGCGGGGGGGGGGGGGACACACACGGGACACGAGGCUCCCUCUCCCGCUGACACCCCGCUCGCCUGCGGCGCCCCAGACAGGACAAAGAGAGAACAGAGAACAUACCAGCGAUGAAUCAUCUGUUUUUGUUAUCAGUCAUUCAGACACUUUGGUGAUGGAUGAAUAGAUCAAGCCCAGAGCGGUGAACCAGCUUGGCAGCUGGCAGUUUUUGCCUGUGUGGAGAAGAAAGGUGUUUCUUGCGUUCCCUGCAAGUGAACCUUUGCAAGAAAUUCUUUUUCUUGGAAAGUUAUAUGUGAAAUACUGGCAAAUUUCCUUCACAGAAAAGGAGUGCGAGAGAUGAAUGAUAAAAGAUGGAUGCCUGGCUCAGAGUAAAGGACAUGCAGUGCACAGUCCCUAGCAGAAGCUGAAAAUGGAUGAUGCCUACUGAUGCUUUUCGUUCACGUCAUCUGCUCUUUUCCAGAGAUGGGUGAGAUCAUCAGGAAAAAGUUCUAAAAUCCAAGUAACCUCUUUGUCCCUUGACUUCUCUUUCCACGAGUCUAAAAAUUGCCAGAAGAAAUGACCAGUCAACUACCAGAGGAGUCUGUGGAGACCCAGAGCUCCGAUGAGCUUGAGUGCAAGAUCUGUUACAACCGCUAUAACCUGCGACAGAGAAAACCAAAAGUGCUGGAGUGUUGUCACAGAGUGUGUGCCAAAUGCCUUUGCAAGAUCAUAGACUUUGGUGAUUCCCCACAAGGAGUCAUAGUAUGCCCAUUUUGCAGGUUUGAAACGUGCCUGCCAGAUGAUGAGGUUAGUAGUCUUCCUGAUGACAACAACAUCCUUCUGAAUUUAGCUUGUGGGGGAAAGGGAAAGAAGUGCCUACCAGACAACCCAACAGAACUAUUGCUGACUCCCAAAAGGUUGGCAUCUCUGGUUAGCCCUUCUCACACCUCUUCUAAUUGCCUGGUUAUAACAAUCAUGGAAGUACAAAGAGAAAGUCCCCAGGCUCUGAACUCAACCCCUGUGGUGGAAUUUUACAGGCCUACGAGUUUUGACUCUGUUGCAACUGUGUCCCACAACUGGACAGUGUGGAACUGCACAUCUUUGCUCUUCCAGACCUCAAUUAGGGUGCUAGUGUGGUUGCUAGGGUUGCUGUACUUUAGUUCCUUGCCUUUAGGGAUUUAUUUACUGGUAUCUAAGAAAGUCACCCUUGGGGUUGUCUUUGUAAGCCUUGUUCCUUCGAGCCUCGUUAUUCUCAUGGUUUAUGGCUUUUGCCAGUGUGUUUGCCAUGAAGUUCUAGACUGCAUGUCAUCUUGAUAACAAAUGCAGUAAAAUAAGACAUAUUGCCACAUAGCAUAGUUAAUUUAUUCUGUCUUUGUAUUCUUAUUUAUUUUUAUUGUUUUCCAUCCCACUAAGUGGAAGCAGUGACCCUAGUUACAUGGUCCUUCUUUUCUACUUGAUUAGAUUCCCCCAACUCCUUUUUUUAAGUGAAAUAAUGGAAAUAAAAUAUACAUGCUGAUUUGAAAAGGCUGAGUUGUAGAAAGGGAUAAAGCAAAAUUGCCAAACUUGGUGCCUGCUGCUGCUCCCACUAUGCAAAUAGUAGCCCUUUGCUUUCUGUUGGCUUGAUCAUGUCAGUUAAGGCUGCAGGAUCCACCCUAGAAGAAAUUAGUAGAAUAGGCAGCUUCCAGGUCAAAGUACAGCAUCUCUUCAUCCAAAGCAACUCAUGCUUUGGAAUAUCUGUUAUUUAUCAUUCAUUAUCAUUCAUAGCAAAUGAAAUCACUUUGGUAGUUAAUAUUAUAAGAAGAAUAAGUCAAGCUACCAUUGCUUUUUUCAGUUUUUGUUAGAGCAGAAAUAUUUGUGGGAGGCCAAUGGUUACAGAUUUUUGCAUUCUGCGACAUGAGAAAUCUUUUUUUCACCAUGCUAAAAACAUAUCCCCGAAACACUGUCCCCAGACAGAAGCCCACUCUACUUGUCGUAUGGUUGCAGCUCCCUCUGAGAUGCUUCUGCGAAUGACUACGUCCAGGGACCCAGCUACACGUUUGCCUUUCUCUAGGUGCACUUACUUCAGUGUGCCAUAGACCUUAGCCCACACUUUGAAGGUGCUGCAGACUUCUCUAGAUAUGUUCUGUUGUGCUUACCCUCCCUCUCAGCAUUCCCACCACUGCACCGCAUUUCCAACCCAUUAGUCCUCCUAACAAAUUGCCUGACCAACUUCAUGCACAUCUCUGUGGUAGCUACACUUGGAGAAUUUGGCUUAUGUGACUUUACCUAUCAAGACAGACUUUUAUUCCCAACCAUUAGGAAAUGGAUAUUCAAUCACCAACACAAACUCCAGAAAAAAAAUGUGAAACAAUUAACUGGGGUUUUUUUGUUUUGGUUUUUUUUUUUUUUUUUUCUCUUGGGUUAACAGAAUGAGCAUUGUAAGGAGGUACUAUGACUCUGGGAAGGUUUCUGUUUAACACAUAGUCCUCCAAAAUGUUUAAUACCCUGAACUCCCUUUUUCACCGUUGUGAGUUGAUGGCACUCUAGAUGUGGCAAUUAACAUGUCUUGAUUAGUUGAGUUCAGCGGAAUUACUGAUGAUUUACCAUUCCACAAAUAGAAUCAGGUCCUGUAAGGCUUGCUUGUAUGUUGCAUGGUUUAGGCUACUUUUUGAACUACUGGAAGGGCACAAAAGUAAAUAGUUAAUGUUUAUGUGUAUAAGUAGGUCUAGUCAACACCACAGCUGCAAACUCAUUUUCCUGUGCAUAGCAGGGUAAAAACUAAGAAGGAGGAGUUGAACAGUGCAAGUAUGGUUUUUGGGUCAGGCACAAGAUUUAGUAAUUUCAAGGCAGUGUAAGAGGGAGAGGGGUUUGUUACAUGAAGACUGAAUAUAUGGCCUAACAGCGUAUUUUUAGAGCAAACUGACUCUGGCAACAAUGAAAAAUGCCUAUGGGAAAAGUAGAGUGUAAGUGGUUAUUGUGUCUCUCGAGGAUUUGAGGUCAAGCUGGUCCAAUUUUUGUAGAUGGCGCAGGUGCUAUCUACAGUUUCAUUCCUAUUGCAAACAUAGGGGAAAAUGUGGAAAUGUAAAGCUCCUGUUUUUCUUGACCCUCGUUUUAUAAUAGUGCAUAUAUAUGUGUGUGUAUGUACAUAGAGACACAUAUGUAAGAAGAAAACAUAGCGAAAUUAUAGUUUUCAAGUGUAUGGAGUUAUGGAUCUAUGUACUAAAUGAUUAAAGGAAAUGUUUCACACUUUUCUGUAAAGACUUGAUAACAACUAUAACUAAAAUAUUUUCAGAAUUCCUAGAAAUGACUAUUCCUAAGUAAUUGUUUUACUGUUUGUGAUAAAGCACAUUUAGUUAGAAGAGGUAUCAUCUCCAGUUGUGGUAUACUACAAGGUUUGACUCAUCCAUGAACUCAUAAAUUUUAAGUAUCCAACAACAAUCAUGUCAAAAAGCAAGAAAAAUAGAAACCUGUGUGGUUUUAUAGUACUUCAUAACUUUGGGGAAAAGUGUACUUGUAGUGUUAGGGAUUUAUAUGUUUUAGGAUUUGUUCAAUUUGUCCGAAUAUAAUGUCUCUAAUAAAGGGCUGGCUAAUAGAGGAAGUAGGUUUUGCAAAUGUGUGACAUACAUGUAUUACCUCUGCACAACAUGUCUACAGUGCUACCUGUUGUUAUUUCCUUUUGACUUUCAGUUGAUUACCUUAGCUCCAGCACCAGGUAUUUUGUACUCUGUUUUAAAACAGAGCCUAAUCUCUGCAGGAUUACAGUGGUAUUGGUUACACAUCACAGCACAAAUAAAUACACCUGUUAUUAUACUUCACUACUCUUAAGACUGCCAGCCUGUUAAAUUUAUGCUGUUAUUUUAGACUGUGCUGCAAUACUAAUCCACUCAAAAAUGCGAGCGUGCAAAACCAUAUUGAUUGUAUAGCUAUUCUGCCGCUCAGCCAGAGCACAUUAUUACAGCUUUGGUCUCAUAAAAUUCCUAUAUGACUUAUAAUAUGGCCAUUGAGAAUUGCUAUGAGGUCCAAAUCUCAAUUAUUUGUGGAGAAGAUAGCUGCUGUAUGACCGAGACUAGAAGAACUUCAGAUAUUACUCUUUCACUAUUUUUAUUCUCCACCAUCCUUAAGACUUAGAACUGAAAACUCUCGUGUCCUCUGCAGUGGAAUAACUCUGCUGAAGUCAGUGUAAAUGGAGCUAGAAUCAAGUCCUGCAUACCUGCCUUCCUGCAUUUCCUUCCCUUUCUGUGACUUUUUCUCUCCUUGAAGAGUAAUGGCUCCUGUGGUUGUAAAAUAAUGUCUGCACACUCAGACAAUUCCCUUUUAGUAGGAUGGUAUUCCUGCUUUGCUCGGACACGUGACUCAAAUGGGUACAGAGUGUUACAGAUUCAUUACUACAGAAUUAAUAUAGUCCAAAUGAGAUUUUGGGGGGGUUUUAAUUCCGGUUUAUCCUAUGGAUGCCGACUGUAUCCUUACCAGCUGCUCAUUUACAGUACAAUAUAGUGGCAUCCCCUGAGGGCUGGGGCAGGAUGAUGCAGAAGAAGUUGCUGGGCACAUCAGGAAGGAUGUGCUGAGUUGGACCGUCCUCUGAGUGGGACCAGGGAGGGAUGAAGCUCCCCUGCAAGUAUGGCCUGAGCCCAGAGCCUAAAGGGCAAUUUUCAGAGAGUGGGUUCAGAAACAGGACGUGGGGCCUCGGGGUGGGCUGUGGCUGAGAAGCUGUGCAAAGCAGAGAGGGGUCUAUGCCUAGGACAGAGACGCUGUGUCUAAAAAAGGAGUUUGUGGUAGAGCUGCUGCAAACAGAGUUUAAUGUUUUUUCAUAAUGACCCUUCUGGACUUUAAAAUUAAUUUGGUAAUUAAAAGUAAUUUUCUACUGCUACUACAGUUGAGUAUAUCUACUUUCCAAAUGGCAAAGUACUGAACUUUAAAGAGAUCCUUAGAUUUGGGCAUAUUCCCUCUAUUAUGUUAGCUAUUUAAAGCUUUCAAACAGGACUGACCAAAAUAAGGGCUGAUGUCUUUGUUUCAGCUGCGUUGUGAGCUUUGUCCUACUAUAUUUGUUAUAUGCCUGCAAAACUGUACAUGCUAAUAUAGAACAUUUAAAACAGGCAAACUCUUGUCCUGAUAUAACACUGUUGGAAAACUUCAGGGUUGCCAGCAUUUCACAAUGUUUCUAAGAAUAGCUGCUCUUCCCAAUGGACUUUACCUGAAGAUACAGAUAAGCCCAGCAGCGCAUGGCCAAAUAGGCAACUACAGUACAGGAAAACACAGCUUUCCAGCUAAAUGGCUAUACGUCACUUCAACCAGAGAAAAGGGAACUGAGGAGGCUCACAGGAACAUGGAUGGUGUUGUGUCUGAGGACGUUCCUUGUUAUUAGGGUACAGAACCAUUGUUUUUCCUAUUUCCAAGCUUAGAUUAAUCUCACUUUUCCCCAUUACUUUUCUGCCCUCUCUGCUGGGACAAGACUAUAGGAAACUGUGGGUAAACAGGAUUUUGAAGUGAAACAACCUUUUCUACUAUGUUGAGUUUACGGCUCAGUCCAGCAAAACAAGAUUAAUACUGAAGAGAUGGCAAAUUGCAGCCAGGAUGCGAGAGUGAACAGGGUGCUGAGGCGAAAUGGCAGCAGGUUGUUGUAACAGUUUUGAUGUCAAAGCAAGGAAAACAAGGGGCUAUAUCCUGCCUUGCCUUGGCUGGUUCAAAACUAGCGAGAGGCUGUCCCAAGCCUGAGGACCACCAUGACUGGACACCCUCCCCUGCGUUACCUCUGUGACAGCUCGCCUCAGUUGUGCAUCUUGAUUUCUUGUACAGCAGUUGUAUGUAACGAUCUCAUCUUCCUGCACGGAUGAUGGGUGUAAUGAAAGGUCCACAGUGUUCCACUCUUAAACAGGCUCAUUUUAACUAUCCUAAGGUUCCUCAGGGUUUUUUUUCUGAAUUUCUUCAUAUUUCUACAAAAGCGAGACAGUGUGCUUUAUUUUAAAUAGAGCAGUGCCUUCAAGGAUUUAAAAAAAAAAAAAAAAAAAAGAAAUGGGAAGAAGAAUGAGAAUUUUGAAAUCAUUUUAAGAUACUCAAAGCAACGAAAAGAGGCUGUUCUGAGAGCCUACUUUUACUUUUAUACUAGUAGAUUAGCUGUUAUCCUUUGAGUGACGUCAGUAAAUUUUAGUGCUGGAGAUUUCUCAGGGAGUUUAUAAGUCUGCCAGACCUUAGGCACAAACCCUGUACUCCACCGCUUUUCUGUAAAGUACCAUUCUGCCUUUUGCAUCAGCUCCCCUUGUCAAAAGUUGAACUGUCACAGUUUAUAAAGAGUUCUGGCACAGAGAAUAAAUCCCCAGUCUGGGGAUGGUAAAUCAUCUUUUUAGAGACGCGUGUGGCAGUAGCAAAGCUUUCAGUGCUAGACCUUAAACAAAGAGAAGUCAUCUUGCAGUCUGAAUUGAUAGCAUAAAUUUCAUUUUAAAUCAAGUUUCAUUGUGUUGGGCAACACUACAACUAAAAAUCCUUUUAUUGUAUUUCUGCCUCGUGUGUUAUACAAAGUGGCUUGCAUUUAAAAAAAAAAUGUAUUAAAUCAUAGAGAUGAGAGAUGGGUAGAAAAAAGCCUAAUAAGUAGUUUUAAUCUGUUUCCUCUGCCCACAUGGAGACAAAUGCUUUGUCUAGUCUGGUUUUAAGUAUCUCAAGUGAUGAAGCCUCCACUUCUUCCCAUGAGGGACUUUUCAGCUGUUUAAUAAGCAUCUUUGUUAGGAAAUAUUUUCUUCAUGGUGAUCCUGAUUUUUUCUUUUGCGUAGCAUAAUCCCUCUAUUCUGCACCCAUUGUUUUAACUUCCAUGAAAUUUGGAAAAGAUAUCAUUUAUCCCUUUCACACUGUAGCUGAAUAAUUCAUAAUCCUUGUUGUUCAAGAAAUGCUAGAGACUAGUUGCUGAAUAGCUCAUACUUCACAGAGAUGGUAUGCCAUGUACCAGUAGAUAUAUUUCCUGGCAAGUCACUUCUUUGAACAUUAGGGAGUGAAAAAUGUCAAGUGAAACUGAAGAAAUGCAUCUUCCCAGGCACGUAUGUGGCAAUGUUACUGAAAUUUCAAGAGGUGCUGAGGCAAACAGCCUACUUCUUUAGAGAGAGCUUUUCUUUCUAAAAGUGGCUGAUUUUAAUAAAAGAACGCUUUUAAAAAGCAUUUAAAUGGUCCUCUUCAUAAACAAACCUCUAUGUGAGAACCACACGAUGUCAAAACUCUUAACUUGUUGAGAGACAAGGCUGGAUUGAUUGCUCACUGCAGAGCAAUUUUUGCUGACAGCUUAGCUCAGAAGAAAAAUUUAAUCCAGUAUUAAGGAGAAGAGUUUGAAAAGAUGCCUUUGCAACUGUGUCGCUGGAAUCAGAUCUGUGCAUGAAAACGUGACUCAUGUCUUGACAGCAGAAACAGUGCACUGCUGAUUGAAUUACAACGUAUUACAUAAUCCUCUGCCUACCUCAAAUGACAAGGAGCAGUGUGACUAAGGAAACCCCCGGGUGGACAGAUGGACUUCAUAUGGGUUUGCAUUUAAAAAAUACUUACUUUAAAAAGAGGUACUAUACUGUAUGAGGGAAUGCUGAGCCUGGGUCAGGUGGAUGGUCUGGUGGUUCAAGAAGGAUCUUUCUAACAGUGAGUGGUGGUGGAUGCAUGUAAAAAAAACAUAUGAACAGCCCGUGUGGACAGUGAGCUUCCAAUAUAACUCCUCCUUUACGGCAAUCUGCAGUUUGGACACCUCUUGAGAUGGAGGUUAUGUCUGUAUCUGUUCCAUCUUUUAAUUAUAGACUUGGUGGAAUAGGUCGUCUUUGUCUUAAAAACUCCUAGUUACACGUCCCCUACUUUUUCUGAUAGGAAAAGCAGUUCCAAAGUGUGAUUGCACACUGUUUCCCCCACAUCCCUCAUAACUUCAUCUGUCUCUAGAAAUAUUAACGUCAUGAUGAUUUUAUCCCUCAUACUUCUCCUCGGCUGCCUUUUUUCCAAGCUGAAGAUCCUGGUCAGUUUGAUCUCUCCUUAGAUAGCAGCCUUUCCAUGCUUGACACCAUCCGUUGCGCUUUCUGAACCUUUUCUACUGCUACUUCUUUUUUUGCUUUGAGGUGGGGCAAAGCCCUCAGAAAUAGGUUCUAAUUAGUGUCAUUUGUUAAUAAGUUGUUUGACCAUGUAAGACGUCUGUACUCCCACGGCCGCUGAAAUCACUUUGUCGUUGGUGUCAUUCCUGUUGGCGCAUCUGAGGUGUUACACUUCGCUAUUGCCAGUUUAUAUAUCAUGCAUUAUACUGAGGGCAAGAACACGGGCGUUGAUAAACGUGCUAGUGUGUGUUUAUCCCAUCCGUCCUGGUCCAUCUGUUUAAGUGGCCCAGUUCGCACGGGUGCAGAGGAUGGCGGAUUCCAGGAGAAUAGCUAAUUUAGCCUUGCUGUAGGCUGUACAGAUUUUAGCUCUGUUAAACACGUGGCCUGAUGUUGCUGGACUGAGCAGCUACUCCUGAGAAAUGCUGUAAGAUGCCUUCUCUCUCUGCCACAGCGGUGCGCCUACCUCACCCGCUGGCUGCAGCCAUCCCUAGAGCUUUCCAUUGCAAGAAUACCUUUUUUUUUUUUUUUUUUUUUUUGUAAGCAUCUUUUACUUAAUCUUUUAUUUCUUCAAGGCUUGUGGUCUUUUUCAUGUUCUCCUUUAUUCAUUCCAAGAAGGGGAGACGUUGGCAGAUAAAAAGAAUGAUGCUGUCGAGAGGGUAAGCCCUUUACAUUUAGUCCUCCAUAAUGCCAGCUAGGGCAAAAGUUUGGAGUCUCUGCCUUCAUCUCCCAGGGGUGUAAGCAGGGGGCUCGGCAUCUUGCCAUACUGGCCCUGGGGACGGCUCCUUGAAGCCUCCGGAGGACUUCUUCAUCUUGAUGUUCUUUACAUCAGUGUUCCAUCUUUUUUCCUGCUUUUACUUAGAAAAACUGAGUGACUGUAAAAAAACAUUGUUAUUCCAUUAAAACUAGAUAGGGCUUAUUUCCUCUCAGCAAAUAAUAAAAUUCUGAGGCCAAAACUCAGGAAUUUUGUGGCAGUUCCAGGAUCAGCUGCAAAUCUCUGAUGAUUUUUUGUUUAUUUUGGUAAUGAAACACCAAUAGCUAAAUAAAACCUGGUCAGUGAGGCUGUAUAAAACAUGCAGGUAGUUAAUGAAACUUCACAAGCUCUGAAAAUGGGGAAAAAAGUUAAGGAAAAAAAAAAAGAAAAAAGGGGCUUAAUCACACAAUAGAUCUUGGGUAGAGAGGGCAAACAGCAGAAUGUGACUUGACAAGAGAUUGUAGAAAUAAUGCACAGAGACAGGUAGAAUGUGAAAAAUAUGCGUGCAAGCUCCAUUGAAUUAUAGAUGCAUUGUAGGGUAUAAUUCUUGAUCCAACAGACUGAAAAAAACCCCCAAACCAAAAAGGUUUAAGCAUAUAUUAUUUUACUUUAUACUUUGGCUCUUAAAAUCCACUGGUUUUAAAUUCCAGAUCAGCUUGAGGCUUACCAAAUGUGAUGUAAGUUUUAUGAGAGGAGUUUGACUGCUGUGACUUUGCCUUCUAUAGUUGUCUUUUUUAUUUUUACACAGAAAGUCAUAGUGUGGGGACUUCUUUUUGUUUUUAUUUCAGGAGUGGAACGAUGAAAUACAAUGUAAUCUUGCAGACAUGGAAACUAUAACAUGGUAGCAAAUGGCAAAAGUAUAACUAUUCUUAUCUGAAAUAACAAAGUACUAAUGUAAAAGCAAU